AUUGCUUUUCCGCCACGCAUGCGCAGCACUGCUUGUUUCUGGCAAACCUUCUCACUCAGGAGAUAUGCUAUUCUCUGCAGAUCUUUGCGAUGCGUGGGUUACCUAGGGGCGUGGCUAGGCAAGGAGGAGAUUCAGUUGGGAGAAUGAAAAGCGGGGUGGCCUUGGACCCUACUCAUUUAGCUACGCCCCACAUCUAUUAUCUAAAAAAUAUUUUAUUGUCUGUUUAUAAUGUGAAAUCACUUCCAGGUUUCUCCAGGACUUGAACUUCAGAUGUGUUCGUAAUGGGAUGUUCCGCUUCAUUUCAUCAUCGUGGAACAACCAAGAACCGGUCUCCAAUAUCAGUUUCUUUAGGAUUGAAAAAUCUCUCUGUUCCUUUGAGUCGCAAAACUAAAAUCACUUUGAAGGAAUCUUGGAAACUUGUUGAGCCUGUUAAAUCUGAGGCGGGAAAGGCAAUGUUUAUGAGGCUUUUUGAGACACAUCCAAACAUCCAAGACACGUUUCCAACAUUCAAAGGCGUCAGCUUAGACGAGCUGAUGAACUCUCGGUCUUUGUAUCUCCAUGCCAAGCGAGUUAUGGCUGCUGUUGAAAAUACUAUCAAUGCAUUAGAUGAUGGUGAGGUGUUAUUGGAGAGUCUUACAAGCCUGGGACGAAGACACCAAGUUUGGUUUGUCAGGGAGGAACAUUUUAAGGUCGUUGGUGAAGCUCUAUUAUGGACAUUACAGGAUAUGCUCGAUACAAAAUGUACGAAUGAAGUUACACUGGCCUGGACAGAGUUGUAUAACUUCAUAACCAAAACGAUGUUACGUGGAAUUCCAAAUAAUAACGUAGAUAAAUGAAUAAACAAUUGUCUAAAUACGGA